GGUAAAAUGGAGUAGCACGUGUGAGAAUGUUGACAAUGUUUUUAUUCUUGUUAUAGUAGUUCAGCAAUGGGUUCGAAUAAAAAACAACUUAAAGAAGUUAAUAAACAAAAGAAGGGAAAAGGAAAAAGAUGGAAGAAAGGCCAAAGCAGCAGUAGUAAUCCUGAAACUAAAACAUAUAGAGAGGCUGCCAAAAACAGAUUUUUCCAAACAUCGUCAUCGAAAGGAGAAAGUAGUCUUACGGUUGAUGCUUUGGCUAGACAUGAUGAAGAACAGUUAGAUAAAGAUGGAGAUGUAAGUCUGCGAGCAGAGUCAGAUGUUGUCAGUGCUGCCGGAAAGACGUUUAAUACCUGGGCGACAAAUUGGACAGAGUGUACCAACACAACAUUUAGUCGAGUUCAUAGGUACUGGGCAUCAAAUUCGGCUUUUCAUAAAGAGGUGUUAGCUGUGUUAGCGGCAGUUACGGAGGUGAUAAAAACCCAGGGAGGCUCUGAAUCAGAAACGGAAUACUUUGCAGCUCUGAUGACAGCGCUGGAGACAACAGAGGGAGAAGACUCAGUAUCAGCCGUGGCUUACCUCCUCAGCUUAGUCAUGAAAAGAGUUCCUGCCCCAGUCCUGAAGAGUAGGUUUUCGGAGAUUUCCAAAGAAUUUCUGGAUGUCCUUGUUAAGUACAGUGAGGGACAUUCUCCAGCUCUCCUUAAGUCUUUGUUGCUGUGUCUUGCUUUGCUGCUUAGAGUUCAGGACCAGGCUACAUGGAGUAACUCCUCCACACAACGAGUGUAUCAGAGUCUGCUGGCCUUCACAGUCAACAAAAAACCUAAG